CCGGUGGUCAUCCCCGCGGCGCUGACGCUUUCCUAGUGCUGCUGUCCCAGGGUCUUCCCGCCGUCAUGAAGGACGUACCUGGCUUUUUACAGCAGAGCCAGAGCUCCGGGCCCGGCCAGGCCGCCGUGUGGCACCGUCUGGAGGAGCUCUACACGAAGAAGUUGUGGCAUCAACUGACACUUCAGGUGCUUGAUUUUGUGCAGGACCCAUGCUUUGCCCAAGGAGAUGGCCUCAUUAAGCUUUAUGAAAACUUCAUCAGUGAAUUUGAACACAGGGUGAAUCCUUUGUCCCUGGUAGAAAUCAUUCUUCAUGUAGUUAGACAGAUGACUGAUCCUAACGUGGCUCUUACUUUUCUGGAAAAGACUCGUGAAAAGGUGAAAAGUAGUGAUGAGGCAGUGAUCCUGUGUAAAACUGCAAUUGGAGCUCUAAAAUUAAACAUCGGGGACCUACAGGUUACAAAGGAGACAAUUGAAGACGUUGAAGAGAUGCUCAACAACCUCCCUGGUGUGACGUCAGUUCACAGUCGUUUCUAUGAUCUCUCUAGUAAAUACUAUCAAACGAUCGGAAACCACGCAUCCUACUACAAAGAUGCUCUGCGGUUUCUAGGCUGUGUCGACAUCAAGGAUCUGCCAGUGUCUGAGCAGCAGGAGAGAGCUUUCACGCUGGGACUGGCAGGACUUCUUGGCGAAGGAGUUUUUAACUUUGGAGAACUUCUCAUGCACCCCGUGCUAGAAUCACUGAGGAACACCGACCGACAGUGGCUGAUUGACACCCUUUAUGCCUUUAACAGUGGCAACGUAGAGAGAUUCCAAACUCUGAAGACCUCCUGGGGCCAGCAGCCUGAUUUGGCAGCCAACGAAGCCCAGCUUCUGAGGAAAAUUCAGCUAUUGUGCCUCAUGGAGAUGACUUUCACACGACCUGCCAAUCACAGACAACUCACUUUUGAAGAAAUUGCCAAAAGUGCUAAAAUCACCGUGAACGAGGUGGAAUUGCUGGUGAUGAAGGCUCUCUCAGUGGGGCUGGUGAAAGGCAGUAUUGAUGAAGUGGAUAAGCGUGUUCACAUGACCUGGGUGCAGCCUCGCGUGUUGGAUUUGCAACAGAUUGCAGGCAUGAAGGAUCGCCUGGAGUUUUGGUGCACUGACGUGAGGAGCAUGGAGAUGCUGGUGGAGCACCAGGCCCACGACAUCCUCACCUAGCGCCCCCACCCUCCCCGUCUGUGGCAGCUGAGGCCGUCUUUAUUUAACUGGGGGUGGGGGUGGGAUUGUGUUUGCGAAGUGGGAACUGUUCUUCCUGCUGUGAAAACAGGACUGUCACUGAUGGGGUGCCCGGCCACAGAGAGAAGUCUGCUUUGUGGAUGUCUCCUGUGGCCUACAGUGGGGAGGGGGUCACAGGUAUCUGGUGGUGACGAGGCAGGUGAGAGUGUGCACAUGCCCCAAGGAGUGAGAAGGCAUCGCCCGUGUGGGGACACCACUCGGAAGCUCGUCUCCAUCCCCUUCACCUGUGUGAAUAUCUCCGGUGUCAUUUGAGAAUGUUCCUGUAAUAAACGCACUUGUUUUGUC